AUUCACAGAGCCACAUGAUGUUUAUAAGACACGUCAGUGAUUCAGUGUGUUUACUCAAUCUGUUCACCCACAGCAGAUAUCAUGGUAAAGGUUUGCGCGCUACCGUGGAGGAGGAGGGCCGGGAAUAGAGCCGCAUGACCUAAACAAACAGAAGGGCUUUGUGUGGUGUGAACGGGCGCACGCAGCCAGGCAGACAGUAAUAGGUAGGUUACACGAGAGUCCAGUCAAUCGUUCAGCUGUGUGUUGUCACCUUUUUUUUUUAUUAAUUGACUAUGGACCUCAGCUUAAGGACUUAAACCACUCGAAACCCUUGGAAUCAGUCACACUCGAUCGUUACAAUCAUAAUAAUGGACGAUUUCCACCUGUGCCCGUUGUCGGAAUACUACAAACGGUUCCUUCUGCCGGUGAGCUACAGUGUGACCUUCGUGGCGGGCCUGGGCCUCAACGUGGUGCUGCUGUGGGACGUUUGCUCCCGGCAACCCCAGCAGCACCGCAACGGCAGCGGGACGGUGGUCUACGUGGCCAACCUGGCCGUGGCGGAUCUACUCUAUGUGCUGACCCUGCCGAUACUCAUCGUCAGCUACGCCAUGGGAAACGUGUGGUACUUUGGGGACAUCGUGUGCAAAAUCGUGCGCUUCCUCUUCAUCGUGAACCUGCACUGCAGCAUGACGCUCCUGGCCUGCGUCAGCGUGUACCGGUUCCUCGGGGUGCGCUUCCCCGUCUCCGGGCUGCGCCUCAGGACCAAACGCGCGGCCGUGUGGACGUCGGGCUCCGUGUGGGUGGUGGUGACGGCCGAGGUGCUGCCAACCUUGGCUUACAGCCACACGGGGCUGAUAGACAACCAGACGGUGUGCUUUGAAAUGACCGAUCCGAGGCAAUUCAAUCUCUACUUCCCCUAUGGGAUCUUCCUGUGCGUGGUUGGGUUCUUCCUGCCGUUCCUGUUGACCGUGUGCUGCUACUGCUCCAUGAUCAGGACGCUCUGUCGCCCGAGCAGGGCCAGCUCUCCGCUCGGAGCUGCGAACACGCGCAACAAGUCGUUACGCACUCUCGUGUUGGUGUGCGUCUUCUUCGUGCUCUGCUUCGUGCCCUACCAUGUGGUGCGGACGGUGUACCUGUUCGUGAGGGUGUACAUGGUCGACGACUGUCACGAGCUCAACGUGGUCGUGAUCGCCUUGAAGAUCUGGCAGCCGCUCAUCAGCCUGAACUGCUGCGCCAAUCCUCUCCUCUACUUCCUGGGCUCGGGCAGGUACCGCAAGAAGCUCCGCACGUGGCUGUGUCCGAGGAACACGAGGGUGCUUCCGGCCGCCGUGUGUGUAGUGGUCGUAGACGCCGGGCCCAAACUGUCAUGCCCGGCCUGAGGCAUGUCCGUCUCCGACGUGCCACUGCCACAUAAAUGCGUCAUUUGUUAUCCGAUCAUAUACACCCCAGAUAAUUUGCAUUCAUUUAAUUAUCAAGACCGUGCUCAUAUUUGGGAGUGUGUGAUAUUGUCUGCAUACAUGAUGAGGCCGGCAUGGACAAGGCCGAAGUAGUAUUCGGCCAACCUCAAACCAGGUGUUGUGGGCCUAGUCAGUGGGAUAUCAAUCUCGGCAAUGAUUCGAGAUUUGGCGCCCUCUGUCGGUUGUAUAAAGUAACGACAGCCGUCAUAGUGAAUAGGCCAACAGCGCAUCAAAGGUUGCCACAUAGUCUCUUCAGCGCUAUAGAGCCCACAGGCCUUAAUGUCAAAUUGCCUAUGAAAUUAUCAUUAAAAGUAAUAACAGUUGAACUUAAAAAAUGAC